GGCGACCGCGCGGGCAAGCUUCGCUGGCGCGGCCUCAGGUACGACGAUGGGUGUCGGGGGUGCAGCGGCGACGAGGUGUCCGCGUGCAACCGCACGCUUUUCGAGGACACUCGCAUGCAUUGCUGGAUGGGCAAGGCGGGUUGCUUGGUCAUGUGGAUUGCAGAUUACAGCCGCAAGACAAUGCUGCAGGAGCUCUCCCACAUCGACCACAAGCUUGUCGACCGUCAGAUUUCGAAGUUCCGCCAGACCACCAGCGACUGGCACGACGUGGCGCCGCCACAGACGAUCAAGAGUUCGUUCAAGGAGCAGGGGGACACCGUGAGGCAACAACCAGCGGCCGCUCGCCCAGCGGCCACGAAGUCCCAGGGCCCAUCGGCAAUGAAGAAGUCCCCCACGACGAAGAUCACGACCGGGAAGAGCGACAAGCCGCGCGGUCACGAGGAGAUGCUCAAGAACGUCAGCCUGCUGAGCCUGCAGAAGGGGGGCGCGUCCGCGUCCGACAUGCAGGGUGCGAUUAUCUCCGCGGUGAAGGCGCUGCGCCGGCUCCGCGGCCUGACCAAGAAGACCCCUCCCCAUGAGUUGGUGAAUCAUGGCGCGGUGGAGAUCGUGAGCGAGAGGGGCUUCUCCACGAAUGCAAUUGCAGCUCGGUGGAGUGCUCUCGCGCGGUGGGCGAGGAGCAGGCGUGGUGGCCGAUUGCCCAGCCAUUCGAGCAGGGGCAAGCGGCGGUGCAUCGAGAACGAGUUCCAGGCCAG